CGAGAGGGCCCGCAUUUCUAGAAGUCCCGCAACUCUUGUCACCCUCUUCCUCUCUCUUUGCAAAACGCUUCCCUCCCUAUCUUCGCUCCUUCCAGAACGAGACAGAGUGGAGGACGAAGCUCUGCUGCGACUCCAUUGCUGCAAAGUGUUCUUCGACUAUCCUUUUCGUCAUCAUUGAGUCUGCAGAGCGUGGAGGAUUCUCUCUCUAUCCCUCUCCCUCCCUCUCUCUCUCUCUCUCUCUCUCUCUCUCUUUCUGUGUGUGUGUGUGUCUGUGUGCGGGGAGUUGAGGGUGGUGGAGGGAAUUGGCUGGGAUGGCGGGGAACGACUGGGUGAAUAGCUACCUGGAGGCUAUCCUGGACGUGGAGCCAGGGUUCGGCGGGGGCGCCAAGUCGUCGUUGCUGCUCAGGGAGAGAGGCAGGUUCAGUCCCACCCGCUACUUCGUGGAGGAGGUCAUCACCGGGUUCGACGAGACCGAUCUCUACCGAUCAUGGGUUCGGGCAGCUGCAACAAGGAGUCCUCAAGAAAGGAACACGAGGCUAGAGAAUAUGUGUUGGAGAAUAUGGAACUUGGCAAGGAAGAAGAAGCAGAUCGAGAGCGAGGAAUCUCAGCGUACGGCUAGACGCCGUCUUGAGCGUGAAAGAGGGCGUCGAGAAGCGAUUGCUGAUAUGUCAGAAGAUCUGUCAGAAGGAGAGAAAGGUGAUGUAGUAAGUGAUAUUUCAAGCCAUAGUGAUGCAAAGAAAAGCAGGAUUCCUCGCAUCAGUUCUACAGAUAUCAUUGAAACUUUGGCCAGUCAGCUCAGUGAAAAAAAAUUUUACAUUGUUCUGAUAAGCAUUCAUGGUCUUAUACGUGGUGAAAAUAUGGAGCUUGGUCGUGAUUCAGAUACUGGUGGACAGGUCAAGUAUGUUGUUGAACUAGCAAGGGCCUUGGGCAUGAUGCCAGGCGUCUAUCGUGUGGAUCUGCUAACUAGGCAGAUAUUGGCACCUGAUGUACACUGGAGCUAUGGAGAGCCUAUUGAGAUGCUGACCCCUGGAAAGUCUGACAGUAUGAUGCAUGAAGCAGGGGAGAGCAGUGGUGCUUACAUUGUUCGUAUACCUUUUGGCCCGAAAGAUAAAUAUGUAGCCAAGGAACUACUUUGGCCUCAUAUUCAAGAAUUUGUUGAUGGUGCUCUCAGUCACAUAACACAUAUGUCUAAAGUUCUUGGAGAGCAGAUUGGAGGUGGUCAGCCUGUUUGGCCUGUGGCUAUUCAUGGACAUUAUGCUGAUGCAGGGAACUCUGCUGCUCUUUUAUCUGGGGCACUGAAUGUCCCAAUGCUUUUUACGGGCCAUUCCCUUGGCAGAGACAAGUUGGAGCAACUUUUAAAGCAAGGACGACAGUCUAGGGAAGAAAUAUAUGCCACGUACAAAAUAAUGCGCAGGAUAGAGGCUGAGGAGCUAUGUCUGGAUUCUUCUGAAAUAGUCAUCACCAGCACUAGACAGGAAAUAGAAGAGCAGUGGCGUUUAUAUGAUGGUUUUGAUCCGAUGCUUGAACGUAAAUUAAGAGCUAGAAUUAAGCGUGGCAAGAGUUGUCAUGGUCGGUUUAUGCCUCGCAUGGUUGUAAUUCCACCAGGUAUGGAGUUUGGUCAUAUUGCUUCACAUGAUGCUGAUGGUGAUGGAGAAGCAGAAGGGAAUGAAGACAAUCCUUCUCCUGACCCACCUAUUUGGUUUGAGAUAAUGCGUUUCUUUUCAAAUCCCCGAAAGCCAAUGAUUCUUGCACUUGCCCGCCCAGACCCCAAGAAGAACAUUACGACUUUAGUCAAAGCAUUUGGAGAGUGUCGGCCUCUGAGAGAGCUUGCUAAUCUUACCUUGGUGAUGGGGAAUCGUGAAUGUAUCGAUGAGAUGCCUAGCACAAAUGCAUCUGUGCUCAUCUCAAUCCUCAAAUUAAUAGACAAGUAUGACCUGUAUGGUCAGGUUGCUUAUCCAAAGCACCAUAAGCAGUCUGAAGUUCCUGAUAUUUAUCGUCUGGCAGCAAAGACAAAGGGUGUCUUUAUCAAUCCGGCUUUUAUAGAGCCAUUUGGUCUCACUCUGAUAGAGGCUUCAGCUCAUGGACUGCCAAUUGUUGCUACAAAAAAUGGAGGCCCAGUUGAUAUCCACCGGGUUCUAGACAAUGGCCUACUGGUUGAUCCUCAUGAUCAGAAGGCCAUUGCCGAUGCUCUGCUGAAACUUGUUGCCGAUAAGCAGCUUUGGACCAAAUGUCGGCAAAAUGGACUCAAGAACAUUCACCUUUUCUCAUGGCCAGAGCAUUGUAAAACUUACUUGUCCCGUAUAGCUAGUUGCAGACCAAGACAUCCUCAAUGGCAAUUUCAGCAGGAUGAUGCCGGACUAGACUCACCAAGUGAUUCUUUGAGGGAUAUUCAAGAUUUAUCUUUAAACCUUAAGCUGUCAUUGGAUGGUGAAAAGAAUGAGGAAAGUGGCAGUAUGGAGUCUGAAAGUACUGCUGAAAAUGUGAAAAGGAUGGCAAAUGCUGUCUUAGCCGCAUCCAAGAGAAUCAUAAAUUCAAGUCACAAAACUGUGCUGAAUGAGAAGGUUGAUCCAACUGGCAACAGUAAAUUUCCUGCUUUGAGAAGAAGAAAGCACAUAUUUGUUAUUUGUGUGGAUUGUGGUGCCACUGCAGAUCUUUCCGAUGUUAUCCAUAACAUUUUGGAGGCUGCGAAAAAGGAUGGACUCUCAGGCCCUGUUGGGUUUAUACUGUCGACAGCUCUCACAAUAUCUGAGGUGCACUUGCUUCUCAUUUCAGGGGGCAUGAGUGCUACUGAAUUUGAUGCCUUUAUUUGCAAUAAUGGUAGUGACAUCUACUAUCCAUCUUCAACUUUAGAUGAAGCAGUCAUGUCUUCAGAACUACCUUAUGUGGUUGAUUUAGAUUAUGUUAACCAUAUCGAGUAUCGCUGGGGUGGGGAGGGCUUGAGGAAGACUUUGAUUGGUUGGGCUGCUUCUGUUGUCAGCAGAAAAGGAGAAAAUGAGGAACAAAUGGUCAUAGAAAAUGAAGAACGCUCAACCAACCACUGUUUUGCCUUUGAAGUGAAAGAUCCAACCUUGGUACCUUCAGUUAAAGAUCUCCGGAAAAUGAUGAGAAUACAGGGUCUGAGAUGUCAUGUUAUAUAUAGCCAAAAUUGUUCCAAGCUGCAUGUUAUUCCUGUCUUAGCUUCUCGGUCCCAAGCUCUCAGGUACUUGUAUAUCAGAUGGGGCACUGAAUUGUCAAACAUGGUAGUCUUUGUGGGCGAAAGUGGUGACACAGAUUAUGAUGGGUUAAUUGGAGGUGCAAAUAAGACUGUGAUCUUAACUGGGUUAGGGGACAGCAAGCAACGGCAUCCAUAUGCGAACAAAGGUUAUGCAAUAGAGGAUGUGGUGGCAUUUGAUAGCCCUAAUAUUGUCCGCACGGUUGGUGAUUCCAGGAGUGAUGACAUAUUGUCAGCUUUGGUGCAACUUGGUAUCUGCAAGCUCUGAGGAUGGCUUGAGUUGCCCUAUAAAUAAGGACGUUUUCUUCCCCCUGUUUCAAGAAAUGUGCACCUCUUAUUAUGAGGUGCUUGGGACAUCUUGCUUUUAUGUUAGAGGCUAUUUGCUUCCGUGAUGGGUGACUGGUUCAGCUGGAUGAGAGUUGAAUAAGAAAACAUGGGAACGUCAAUAGUAAAUAAAACUUGAACUUUGUUUGUAUUGAUGAGUGUGGUACGGCAGCCUUUGCUGGGUAUGAUGGAAGGCCACAUUUUUGUACAUACAUCACUUGAUUGUGUCUAUCACAAACCGGACUCUUUCCAAUAUCCGGAGUGGCGCAAUGCCCAAUCAUUGAUGUUUAUGUAUUUUUUUAAAUAUUAUCUUGCGGUUCUGAUGCAUUUGACAAGGUACCAGAACUUUUUUGAAGGCAAUUGUUGCAAAAAAAGGAGGUGCUUACUUUCGUCUGGAUUAA